AUGACUGCCUUCAUGAAAUUCAGAAAAAAUGAAGACGAGUUUUGGAGGAGUAUAGAGAGGAAACGCAAGCAAUCCGAAGAAGCCAUUGAUGAGUUAGAGGGCCUAGAUGACUUAAAAGAGAACCCGUUCCAUUCUCUAAUAGAGUACAUCUAUACGAGGGUCCGCGGCUUGCCGGCUGAUAUACCAGUGGUUCCACCUAGAAUUUCCAAUAACCAUGCUGAGAUGUUCGAACGUGCUCGACAGAUCCUUUUGGACGACAACACCCCUGAAAAAAAAUCUUUUUUGCUGAGCAAGGAUGUGUUGGUGCUCGCUUCUGGGAUCAUUGACACGGUCUCGGACGCUAACCAUAAUCUGUCACUUAACGCAGAAAUUCAAAAAUACUCACUGCUGCCAAGUUUCAGCGUGGUAGAAGAGUAUGUAAAAGAGCUCAUGGACGCAAUGCAUCGUGCUCUUUGCCCAGGUGACGACCGCAAUCCUUUAGCUACCCCAGAUUUGAGCAAAUUAAAAAUGUGGAUCUGGGGUCAGCUGGCCGCCUUGGACAAGACACCGCAGGAUUUCAGAGAAAUGACAGAAAAUAUCCUGCUGGUCGUCAAUCACCUUUGUUCCUGUUUGGAGACCGGCGAACUCGCGCCACCAGUCACUGAACAUACAGUUGUAUCAUUGUGGGCAUUCGUUUUAAACAGGCUGAUGGGCAGGAAAUCAAUCAGAGUGAUCCCAGGAGAGCUUGCGUCCGCAGCAAGCAAAGAUGCAAGGAUAAACGCCGAGAAGAACUACGGUUCGACCACGAAGUCCGUCGGGGGCCGUAAGGUGGACUUGUCGCUUCGUUUGGCAACAGACUACCAUUGGAAUAUGGAGAUUGCGGUCUUCGAACUCAAGACUGAAAAUACUUCUAAGAAGAUAUGUAUCCGUCAGCUAAAGAAGUCUAUCCGUCUGAACACUGCUGUGUUGUGUUCUCUGCAAAAAAAUGGACUUGACACCACUACCAACUUCCCAGUCAUAGCGGAAGGUCAUGGAUUUGUGCUUAACUUCUAUACAUUGCGCCGUUACGACGAUGUACAUGGGGCGGGGAAGACUUCGAAGGACUUUGCAUGGCUUCCAAGGGACGUGCUGGCGUUGAAGACGUGGCUUUCGUCGAGUUCACUUCAUCUGCUACUUGCUUUCGUGAGCCAUAAUGCGAAGUUUGCCGGCAAUGUGAGGGAUUCACAACUACGGACGGUAACCAAGUCUCCAUCCUCUACACUCCCCCCAUCAGUGCUCUUCACGCCUUCCAAGUCUAACAGACAGGUGCACGAUUCGAAAGCUGUCUCGAAUUUUGACUGCGAUAUUGACUCCGACCUUGACUUAUAUGAUGACUCUGGAGCAGUGGCACAAGACAAAAAGCGGAAAAUUCACAUUACAAUAAGUAGCUGA